AUGACAGACGAUGAAGUUUGGCUGCGCUUAUUCCCAUUUUCUCUGAGGGAUAAAGCGAAGCAGUGGAUUCAUGCAUUGCCUAGAGCGGGGAUUAACAAUUGGUCAGAUUUGGCAAAAACUUUCAUGAGCAAGUAUUUCUCCAUGGCAAAGACUGCAAAGCUGAUAAGGGAUAUUAUGCUCUAUCAGCAAAACGAUGGAGAAUCGAUACAUGAAGCGUGGGAGCGAUACAAGGAGAUGCAGAGGAAAGUUCAUCAUCAUCACAUCACUAGGGAGAAUCUGAUCCAAAAUUUCUACAAUGGGUCAACUGAAUUGGGGAGAAGCGCUAUAGAUGUAGCUGCAGAAGGGUCACUAAUGAGGAAAACCACCGAUGAAGCAUUCGCUCUAUUAGACGAGAUGGCCAUAAAUGGAUGUACUUGGCCGAACGAGAGGGCAAAAGUACCUGCGCAGAGAGGAGUAAUGACAGUCAGUGUUGAUCCAGUUGUGGAGAGUCUGAAACCGAAGAAUGCCUCACUGCAAGCUCAGGUUGAUAUUCUUAUGAGGCAAGCUACAGGGAUGACUAUGGGAAAUGUUGCUGCAGUUCAGAGUAGCUGUGAAGUAUGUGGAGAUCCUACCCACAUGGCAAAUGACUGCUAUGUGAUGGGACAGGCUUUCAAUGAGCAGGUCAAUUUUAUGGAAGGACAGAUACAAGGCAAUGAUCCGUAUGCUGCUACUUACAAUCCAGGAUGGAGGAAUCACCCGAAUUUCUCAUGGAAGGAUAAUGGGGGUAAUGCCAACAAUCAGGCUGGUCCGAAUCUUCAAGGAGGACAAAGGCCACAACAGAAUCAGGGCAACUUCCAGAAUCAGGAAAACUUCCGACAUUAG